AUGGCAGAUGCCAUUGUUGGUCCGCUGCUGAGCAAGCUGCAGGCGGUAGCAGUGACAGAGGGGAAGGCCCUAGCUGCCGUGGGCAAUGAGAUUGAUCGCCUCCUCGGAAACAGGGACGACACAGACUUGGAGGAGAACCAACAGGCUGUGCCAAUACGCAAGGACGAAGAAAAGGAAUUGCAUGACCUCCUCCUUGUCAAAAAUGAAAGCCGUGUGAUUUAUGUGGUUGGAGAGAGUGGUAUCGGGAAAAGGUAUCUGGCAGAGAAAGCAUACAAAAAUGAAACCAUUAAGAAGAAUUUCGAGGUAUGUAUGUGGGUGAGCUUUCCACAAGACACCAAUAACAUCACUGAUCAAGUAGAAAGAAAGCUGGAAGAUGAGUGCUCCAAGCUACAACCUAGCGGGAAGAAUAUAGACCAAGUGAAGUACUUGGUUGUGGUAGAUUGCCAAAUGAGCAGCACCAUACUCGAGGCACAGAAUUGGCUCAAGGCCGGCAGAGAAGGUAGCAAGAUUGUGCUGACAGCGACGUCCAGUCCCUGUGCUGAUGACAUCGUUGAGCUUCGUUGUCUACCCAAAGAUACGAGCGAGAAGUUGUUCAACAGGAUCCUGGGCCUCCGGGGGCGCCGGAUGAGUAAUUACAAGACAGAAAUGAUGGAUACGAUCCGUAAAGACAUUGAAAAGAUAACCAAGGGACUACCACUGGCGGUGGUUCUUCUUGCCAAGCUCAUGAGGACAAUGGACUACAGCAAGUGGGAGGCAGCAUCCAAGUACCUCAAGGAGAACAACCAAGACGACCUGCUCAUGACCAUAGUGUCCAUGAGCAUCGAUGACCUCCCCAAAGAACACAGGUCGUGCUUGCUCUACACGGCAGGCUUCCCGGAGCGCAGCACGAUCGAUGCUGGCCAACUAGUGCGCCUCUGGGCGGCGGAGGGCUUCCUAAUUCAGCAGCCUGGGGUGGAACAAGAAGAGCUGGGCCAGCGCUACCUCAAGGAGUUUAUCUUCCGAGGCCUUAUGCAGCUGGUGAAGAAGAAAGCAGACGUCGUGGAAUCAGUAGCUAUUCAUGACCAGGUCUAUGAGAUUCUCAGGUCCGAGGCACAGCGCAUUGGCCUCAUGGAAACGCACUAUGGUGGUGGGUAUGCCCCUGCCACAGUCAGCGCGAAGCGCCUAGCUCUCAACAACAACAAAAUGCCGUACAAAACAAAGGUGCUUUGGAAGGUGAGAACCGUGUUGUCCCAUGGUGCACAAGGCAUUAUGGGAGGUGCCAAGCUGCCCAGUGGAGCUCAUGAUGCCAAGCUCAUCGAAGGGUCACAAGAAUUCAAGGAAGCCUCCAACCAGCUGCUCAAGGAAUCCAGCUCCCAUGAUGCACAAGCAGGACCACAGGAGUUCAAGGAAGGCUUGAGGCAGUUGCUCAAGCAAUCCACAUUCCUUCGCGUCAUCAGCCUAGAGGGCAUCAACAUUGGUGAGAAGCUGCCAACUCGAAUCGGGGACAUGCUGCACCUACAGUACCUCAGUGUCCGGUGCUCGAGCUUGACAACGGUGCCAGACACCAUCGGCAAACUGAAGAAGCUCCAGACAAUGGAUGUGAGAGGGACGCAGGUGAAAAUUUUGCCCAUGUCUUUCUGGAAAAUCAAAACAUUGCGCCAUGUUCUAGGCAACCGCGAUCUCCGGUUCCAUGGGUAUUGCCAAGCAUCUGAAGAUGUUGUCGACGAUGGGUUAAGCGUGCAUGUGACAAUUAAAGAGCAUGUUGAUAACAUGCACAUCUCCCGUAGGAACUUGUGGGUGCUUGUUACUACAACGCUGUUUAGGUUGCUGAGCUCAAGCAACGGGUACUGCUGGAAUAAGAUGUUGGGGAGCAAUGAGUUUGGCUCGCCGGAGGUGGAGUGGUCGAGCGGGCUCCCCAUUAGGAUUAGGAUUUGGCCGUCGGCGAGGAAGCCAAUGGAAUCAGUUGACUUGAGAGGGCACGGCGAUGGUGACGCUGCGUAUGUGGACCUGUAUGGUGUAAUUCUUGUUCUGAAGAAUUGCGACGAAAUUCAUGUGGUACAAACUGUUGAAGUUCACAAAAAACGAGACCAUGUAAAUCUCAGCUCCUCCUCUGAAUGGAGCUUCCAGAUGCAAAUUCUGUCCAGGGAGGCGAUCAUCAUCAGAAGUCAGCAGGAUAAAGUGCACAACCGUCAAUGCGACACCAGUCAGCUGAAACUGGUGUCGUUCUAG